AUGGCAUCACACCCGGUGAAAGUAGCAACGAGCGGCGUUGGUGGUGGAAGCAGGUGGUGUCCAACACCGGAGCAAGUGAUGUUGUUGGAGGGUAUGUAUAGAGGUGGCCUUAAAACACCAACGGCAACUCAAAUACAACAAAUCACAGCAAGAUUAUCUGUCUACGGAAAAGUUCAAGGGAAAAAUGUAUUCUAUUGGUUUCAAAAUCAUAAAGCUCGUGAUAGGCAAAAGCUUAGAAAGAAACUAAUGGCAUUGUAUCAACAACAUCAACUUUACCCGCCUACUCAUCAUCCAUAUGCCCUUUCUCAAAAUCAGGUUGAUGAAGUAGUUAAAGAUGUAUCAACAUAUCAAGCAAUGAUCAACAGCUGGAAGGCAGUGGAUCUCCCAUCUAAUCAAACCUGCAAACUCAUGUGUGAUUGCCCACUUAUGCCAAUAAUGAAGAUGGAUGGUACAUCUCCAUAUUGCACAAGACUGCCACCAAAAACACUACAACUCUUUCCACUCACUACCACAAAUCUCAAAGAAGAUGAUGACAAGUCCACCAUGCACCUUCAAACCCUAAACUAG